AAUUUUGUUGACAAUCAUGUGAUGGGUGUUAAAAGGGGAAGGUGUAAAACGCAGACCACAAAGGGAAAGAGGAGUGCAGACCAGGCAGUAGAGUUUUAUAGGGGAUCUGCAAAAUACAGACCACAAAGAAUAUACUAGGUAUUUGAUGUUAAUCAAGCAAAAUGACAACAUGUUUGCUGAAAGUUUAUGGCCUUGUGGUGAUGUUAUAUGCUGUUGUGAAAGCCAAUGUUGUUGUGAAAACAAAUAAUGGCUCUCAAGAUGUGACCUACUUCUACGACCAGGCUGCUGCUUUUGGACCAUCUAUUCCUGAUAAAGGAAUAACGGGUUACAUAUACAAUGUGCACCCAUUUAAUGCUUGUAGACCUGUGGACCCGCCACCAGACAAUUCAUCGGUCUGGAUAGCUCUCAUUGCCAGAGAUAAUUGUUCUUUUGUUGAAAAGACACGUAAUGUGCAGAGUGAGAAUUAUAAGGCAGCCAUUGUGUAUAAUUCGGAGGAUUUGGUGGACCGAGAUGAGACUGUAACAAUGGGAGGCGUUGCUACAGAUAUCAAGAUUCCAUCAGUAUUUAUCGGAUGGUCAGACGGAAUUGCGCUGAGUCGUAACUAUUGUUACAACUGUACCUCAGUAGAGCCAGGAAAAGGCGCUUAUCAGGUUACGAUUGACACUGAUGAACGACCCUAUUACAUCAAUCCUGUAUUUUUUGUGCUGUUUGCUACAGUUGUCGGACUCUGCCUAACUAUUAUGAUCGUGUUCUUGGUUGUAAAAUGGUGCAGGGAUUUUAGAAGAAAGCGACGUUCUAGGCUGUCUUCCAAACAUCUGAAGAAAAUACCAGUUAAAAAGUUUAAAAAAGGAGAUGAAUAUGAUGUGUGUGCUAUAUGUUUGGAUGAUUAUGAGGAAGGAGAAAAACUUAGACUUUUACCCUGUAGUCAUGUGUACCAUACAAAGUGUAUAGACCCAUGGUUAACAAAAAAUAAACGUAGUUGCCCAAUCUGUAAGCGUAAGGUGAUACCAGGCGAUGAUCCUGAUUCCGACAGUGAGACCUCUGAUGGAGACGAGGACACACCUUCGGAGAGAACUCCACUGCUGGCGGGCGGAUCAGGCGGGUCAGGGGAAAGAAGGUCAACUUUCGAUAACUCAGGGUUACCAGAAACUGCUAGAAAUCCUCAUGUGUCACAUGUGAAUGAAGGUGGUAGCCACACUUCCAGUGAUGAUUCUGACCUAUCAGAUUCUGAGAUUGGUGCAGUGGGAGGAAUCAGACACGUCAAUCUUGCUAAGGACAACCCACUGUUAUCUUUGCCUAAAUCAUCCAAUCAUAAUGGAGCUGACAGCAAAUUGACCAAUCAAAAUGAAAGACUUGAAGCUUCAGCCACACACAGCAUUGAAGAAACUGCAGUCAUAGAAACAAGCCACGGGGAAGACAACUCUGGUUUUGAAGUAAAAGAUGAAACAGACAGGUCGGAAGAUGAACCAGAAUUUCAUGUGCCAGAAACAGAUGUGGUAUUUAGUGAGUCAAGUAAAAAGGAUGAAAAGAAAUCAAAUGGAGUAAUUUAGAGAAAGACUUAAAAGAGGCUUUUAGAGGUUUUGAGGUUUUAUAUGAACUCAUAUAUAGGUAUGUGCAGGAGAUCCCUACAUGUUGGAAGUAGAUUUCUAAAAUGACAAAACAUUCGUGUAUGGAUAGUACUGAGACAGAUGCAAUAACAUGUAAUGUAGAUCUAACUUAGCAAAAUAAAAUUUAUGUUAAUUGGUAAUGACACACUUAUUUAGAUACUUAUGAAAGAUUUUUAUAACUACAUAUAUAGAAUACCUGCAUGUAUCUGUAAAAAGUAUUUGCGAUUUCUCAGAACGUUGCUGUGCUGAACUCGAUUUGUAGUAAUUUUGAUAUACUCUUAUUUUUUUUCAAAUUGUCAUUUAUUAGAAUUUUAUAUGUAUUAAAGUUAUUUCUAAUUGAAAACUGAAGUGUUUUUUAAAUUGAUAAUAUGAUUCCAUUUUAGAAAUUAAAAAUUGAAUUGAUCUGUGAUUUAUUGAUGAAGUUGAUAUAUGUUCAUUUUGUAUAUUAGUUGCUUGCAAGAAACACCCCUUUAAUCUAUAGAGGAUGUGUAUAGUUGUGUGAGAACAGCUUAGGGGAACAUGAACUCAUGUUAGAGUAACUGUAUGUUUGUGUUUUAAUUUGAAAUGAGCUUUAAGGGCAAAGGUUUUGCAUGUGUUCACUUUUUUAGCUCACCUGAGCACAAGGUGCUCAAAGGUGAGCGUUUGUGAUCGCCCUGUGUCCGUUCAUCCGUCCGUCCAUCGUCAACAAUUUGACUGUUAACACUCUAGAGGUCACAAUUUUGGCCCAAUCUUAAUGAAACUUGGUCAGAAUGUUACCCUCAAUAAAAUCUUGGAUGAGUUCGAUAUUGGGUCAUCUGGGAUCAAAAACUAGGUCUCCAGGUCAAAUCAAACGAAAAGCUUGUUAACACUCUAGAGGUCACAAUUUUGGCCCAAUCUUAAUGAAACUUGGUCAGAAUGUUACCCUCAAUAAAAUCUUGGACGAAUUUAAUAUUGGGUCAUCUGGGGUCAAAAACUAGGUCACCAGGUCAAAUCGAAGGAAAAGCUUGUUAACACUCUAAGAGGUCACAAUUUUGGCCCAAUCUUAAUGAAACUUGGUCAGAAUGUUACCCUUAAUAAAAUCUUGGAGGAGUUCGAUAUUGGCUCAUCUGGGGUCAAAAACUAGGUCACCAGGUCAAAUCAAAGGAAAAGCUUGUAAACACUGUAGAGGCCACAUUUAUGACUAUAUCUUCAUGAAUCCUAGUCAGAAUGUUAAUCUUGAUGGUCUCAAGGUAUAUUUUGAAUCUAGUUCAUGUAGGAUCAAAAACUAGGUCACCAGGUCAAAUCAAAGGAAAAGCUAGUUGACACUGUAGAGGCCACAUUUAUGACUGUAACUUCAUGAAACUUAGUCAGAAUGUUAAUCUUGAUGAUCUUUAGGUCAAGAUUGAAUCUGGGUCAUGUGGGGUCAAAAAUUAGGUCACUGGGUCAAAUCAAAGGAAAAGCUAGUUAACACUUUAGAGACCACAUUUAUGACCAUAUCUUAAUGAAACUUGGUCAGAAUGUUAAUCUUGAUGAUCUUUAGGUCAGUAGGUCAGGUGAGCGAUACAGGGCCUUCAUGGCCCUCUUGUUUGACAAUAGGAUUAGCAAGUAGUAUCUAUACAGCCUGUAUCUCAUUGUAUGACGGAUAUUCAGGAUGUAAUGGGAAAUUAUUUCAUAGCUGUGUGUAUACUACUGAACACAAAAACAUAUUUGAUCAAAUAAGUAAGAAUAAUUUAAAAGAAAGUAGAAGUUACUUUGUGCGUUGGUUUAAUUCACUUUUGAAAAUUGUAUAACGUGUAGUAUCUUAUAUACUUGGCAUGAAUAUUUCAUGCCAAAUUUUUGAUAAGAGCAGUGAUUGUGAAAAAAUCUUAUGAGUUCAGAGUUAACAUAUAUCCUUGAAUUUCUUGUCAGUGCUUGAAUAGUUCUUGAGUUUGAAAAAGUCCAAAAAUGUGCUCGCAAAGUCUGUGAUUUUCAGAAAAUUCCAAGUAUAAAGUUGCAAAAGCUUGGCACCAGUUAAAUUGUUUCUUUGAAGAAUUGUUCCCUUUCUGGCUCUGUUUUGUUUUUGAAUGAUAUUGUUAGCUUUCUUACUUGUUUGAAAUGUAAUAAAGAAAACUUAAAUAUGUUGCCCAGUGAUUAUUUUGUUAUUUGUUGAUUUUUUUGUUAAUGUUUAAGUUCAUUUUUUUCAGUUACCUCAAAUUUUAUGUUUAAAAUUUGUAUUUAAUCUUUAUUUAUAUAUGAUUGUUGUUUGUGCUGGAUACACUUUUGUUUGAAAAUCUAUUUAGGUGUGAUGUACAUUAGCUGUAAAUAGUGCUAAACACAACUUUUUAUUUGUAGAAAGGUGUAUGUACAUGUAUUUGUACUUUUGUAGGUAAUUAAAGUGGAGAUUCAGUCAGUGUUUGAACAAAAUGGUCUGAAAAAAUUGUGACCUAGGUACUGAUGAUUUUAUAACACAGUAAUAUAGGAACAUGUUAACUUAUUUUACUCAGAAACAAAUUUCAGUUCAGUUAACCAAUUAGGGUUUUUGAUGUUACAUGUUCAUAGUGUAUAAAACAAUUCAUAUAUACAUGACAUUUACUUCUUUCAUUUGAUAUGCCACAUUGGAAGAAACUUACAAACAUUUCAAGAAAUUAAACAUUUUCUGAAGGGAGUGUCUUGCAAACUACCAUAGAUACCCAUGUAUAAUGCACAGUUUUUACCCUUCGGGACCACCCCUGAAUCGUGGGUGCGCAUUAUACAUAACAUAAUAUAACAUAACAUAACAUAUCAUUUAUUUAGCAUUAAAUACAUGUACAUUUAUAGCCAAAAUAUUUUAACAAUGUAUGGAGUAGAACAUGUGGAAAAUUUUCAGAGAAAGUCGUAACAUGAAGUAUGUUUACAAAGUAAGGCACAAUAUAAUGAGAAUACUUGUUGGUGAAAAAAGCAUUUCAAUAACAAUGCAAACUAUUUAAAGUAAAGCACAAGAUAUUAAACAUUAUUUUGUUCCUUAUUAGCAAAAUAAAGGUACUUGGAUAAAUUAUUAAGUGUCACAGAAUUUUUUGAAGACAUUAAUGUUUCAAAUUUAUGAACAGUUGGCCAGUGGCAAAAGUAUGGUUUCAAAAAUUUCUUACAUAACAUAUAAUACUUUUGGCAGACUAAUAGAAAAUGAUACUCGUUUUCUACUACAUUCAUGUUGCAAUUUGAACACAGUCUGUCUUCUCGUCUGACAUGUUCAUAUCUCCCUGAUUCUAUUGUGAAAUUAUGAGAAGACAGUCUAAAUUUUGCCAGUGAUAUUCUAUAUUUGCUUAUAUUUACACAAUUAAGGUAUUCUUCAAGUUGGAAUGAGUGUUUGUAAAGGCUUUACGGUGCCAAUCUGCUAGAAUUAUUAAUACUUAAGUACCACCAUUGUUAACAGAUAUCAAUUAUUCUGUUUUUAAUAACUUGAAAGUUGAUCUGGAUAUUUUCUUGGUUAAUCCAUAAGUCAUUCCGAUUUCAUUUAAAAUGGAAAUAUAUACAGGUAUAGACGAUUUUCGAAAUUCAAAACAAGUUUGUUUACGAUUUUCGCCAUUUUGGUAAAGGGAAACUACUCUCUGUGCUAACUGUCUAUGCUAAAAUCUAAAAGAUAGUGGUUUAUUUUUCUUUCACACAAAAUUAGUUUCAUACAAAUUUAAAAGUAUUUUGAAAGAAAUAUUAAAAAAAAAAAUCACCAAUAUUAUGAUACUAAUUAAAGAUCGAGUAUUAUCUUUAACUGAGAUCGAACUGUGAGCAACAAAAUUGACACGAAGUGACACGCUAAUUGCCGAUAAUUACUGGCCAUUUGAGCGUAACAAAAAGACUAUCACACCUUUUGUUAUCAGUUUGAAUUGAGAAGCUCAUGACAUUUUGAAACAUACCAUUCUGAAAUAUUGAAACAAUUGCUUUCUAUUUAUUCAAAAUAUUUAAUUAAAAAAAAGAAACAACAAAUAUAACGAUAUUUUAUUAGUUUUAUUUUCGAGAAAACAAAAAUCGAUAGUACUGCUAGACCGAUGGUGCUCUCCACCCGCGGAGGUAAAUUUAUUUCCAGUGUCGAUGUAAACUCCUCUUUCAUUUUCCAUCCGCCUCAAAAUUGACCAAAUAUUUCUUUCCCCCAGGAUUUUGGGAUAAAAUCGGGGGUGUGCGUUAUACAUGGAUAUCUAUGGUAAAUCAGCCUGAGAUUCAGUAAAGAUCAUUAUACAGUUUGAAUUGUUGCUACCUUUAGAAAAUACAUCAUCUCUUCAACAAGGGACACAGAGACAUUUUUGAGGUUUUGCCCUUUACAUAAAAUAAUCAUUCAAAAUGUGAUUAUUAUAUGGUACAUUUAUAAAUUUUCUUAACUUUUCAAUUUAUGGUUUCUGUCAAAGUUGCUAUUUUGUGGAUUUUAAGAUUUGAAGAGAAUACAAAUGGGAAAUUUUUUGCUUGUUGGGCUUGAAUUUUUUAUAAUCAAAGCAAAUAUUAAUGAUUUCACAGAAAUCUAAGGUAACUGUUAGAGCUUGUAGUAAGUUAAGAGGAUAUUUUAAUAGUAAGAGUUACUUCGACAUUGUUGAUCUGUACUUGAAGUAAUAAAUUCUAUAUCUUUGCUUCUCAGUUUCCAAACAUCAUAAUUGUAUUCAUUUUGCUUUUCUUUAUACAUGUAAAUAAUAUGCAAAUACUUUACCUAACAUGUAAUAGCCUAUGAUUAAAGGAAAAUUGGGGCAAAAUUUGUAGUUCUGCUUUAACAGUUGUUGUUUGUUUGCUGUAUGAAUAUGUCUGAUGUUGACAAGGAUCAACUUUGAAAUAAAACAUGAUAAUGGUUAACUUUAUACAGUCAGUAAAUACAUAUAGUAAAUCUUCCAGUAACACUUCUGGACCACUUUAAUCAAUCUCUAAAGAGAUCCUUUGAACAGCUGUAAACAAGUAAACUGGGAUAUAAGAUGUAUACUUACUAAGUUACUAUUUAAGAUUUAUUUGUAAGAUCUGUCAGGAAAAUUCGUCGUUGUUAAGUUCUCAGCUAUCUUGAAAUGUACUACAACUCCAAAUUUAGAAAUGUUAAGAACAUAAGACCCUUCACUUUGGUGUUAAAAUGUUUAAAACAUUGAAAUUGAACUGAAUACAUUAUACAUACCAGUUAAUUUAUAAACACUUGUUAGGCCGAUAUUUGAAGUGGAAAAUAGCAUAUAGUUGUUGUACACAGACAUCAGAUAGUUCUCAUUAUAUACAUAUAUGAGCACCUGUUUUAGUUACUAACAGUUGGUGUGCUGUGAAAAUUUACCUAUAUUAUCUAACUGUAGUUAUAUUUUGUACACACAGCUAGCUAAUGAAACAAACCUGGGUUUAGCACUUUGAUUUAAACAUUCCUGCAAGGGUCCUUGGAGCUGGUUUUGAUUGUGUUCCAAAAAAUGUAUUGAAGACAAUUUUGUAUAUUUUAUAGCCUGUGACCAGUAAGAUAGUGCCUCUUUGGGGAAUACUUUUUUAUUUGGACUGUUGUUAUGUUUGUUAUAGUAUGAACCAAAUAAAUACAAGCUAAAAGUAUCAUACUAGCAAACAGCAUUGCUGGUGACAUGGGGCAUAGUGAUGUUACUUUAUGUACACUUGAGAAGAAAAGUUAUCAGCUGUUAUAACAUACAUUAACAUUUGAAGUAAGGACAGUCUUGCUACAAUUUCAUACUUGGAUUUAACUCAAAAUGAUAAUGCAUUACAUUAGUAACUGUUUGUAAAAUUACAACAUAUUUUUGUGUUUUUAACAAUUUAUUGAUGAAUAACUGAACUGGUAAAUUAUUGUUGUUUGAAAGUUGUUUCUUCAUUAACAUGUAAUUGUUCAUUAAUGAGCAGAAAUUAUUUUUCGCUUUCUUUAUAAUUUCUUGUCAGGCAACUUCUCAAAAUUGUAUGCUUUCACUACCCUUUAUUUCAGUAUAAAAAGAUCAACAAACUUUAAAGUGAUUAGUAUUCAGACAUACAAACAAAAUAUAUAUAAUAACCAUCAUAAUUUUUAAUACGUAUGUAUAGUACUCAGCAUAAAUAUAUGAAUGGAAAUUUUAUUACUAUGAAAACAUCAGGUUUUAACAAUGAAUGUGUCAGACAUUUUUUGGAGUUUUUCUGCAUAGGUAAUACUUUGCCAGCAUAGAAUUUACUGAAUCAUAUUGUUUUUAACAGCAAAUUAGGUCAUUUCGGAAUAGGAUUCGACAUUAAUCUUAAGGCUUGCUCUGUAAAGGGUCUUUCAAAUAUAUCAAGAUAUAAUGAAAAGUAUAGGUAUAUAUGACAUCAGUAAAGUUCUAUAUAUCCUAAUUAUCUUCACAGUAAUGUUGCCACAAUUCCACAAUGUUCUAACUAAUAUUAUGAUACUGCUAAGAACAUUUGCAAUUAUGUUCCAGUAGUAAAAGAGAUAGAACAGCCAAAAAUUUUGAAGUUGAUAUUUUUCAAAAUGAACCUAACCUGUUUGAAUGGAGAUAAAAGUAAAAUAACUUAGCAAAUUUUAUUUGAAGUUUUGAUGUUAUGAUCUUGUUAAGUCUUAAAAUUUAACAGAUUAUGUUGUCAAAUAAAUUGCAUGCUUGUUUGCUUAUUCAUGGCAACUGAUAAAUCAAUGUCAUGUAAUCUCUCAUAUCCUUACUUACUUGAUCAUUCUUAUUAUAUUAAAUAGAAGACACUUCAGUUGCAAAUGUGCAAUAAAUAAAAUUGUAUUAUCAUGAAUGAAA